AUGGACGUAGAGCCACCGACAGCGGCAGCGGCAGCGGCGGCGCUGCCGCAGAAAUGCGGUGUCGGCGGGGAGCAGCCAUGCCAUGGGACCCCGAAUCGGCCGCGGGAAGAGCCGCAGGAGGACUCCGCCGCCCCGGCGCCGCUGCGGCGGGAGCUGGCGGCCGCGCGGGCGCGGCGGAGAGCGGGCCGCGCCACGCCCUCGCCGUCCUGGAAGCUCGAGGCGUCGCCACCGCGGCCGGAGAAGCCGCCGGCGGACGCGGCGGCUGCGGGGAGGAGGAGCUCGUCGGGGGCGUCCGCGCGGCAGCUGGGCGCCACCCUGUGGGAGAUCCAGGACGUCAUCAGGGCCGCGGGCGCCGGCCGCCGGAUCCGCAGGCGCGCGCGGAGGGGGCCCGCUGCGUCCCCCCGCCGCGACGGCGACGACAACGACGACGUGGAUCGGGCACAUAUUUCAGGUGGCUGUGGUAGGGAUCUUUCAGCACCAUUGAUGGAACAUGAAAAGUUACAUGAAGAUCGAUGCCAUUCAAGGCAGUCUCUUUCUCCUGCAAGCUACACUAGCUCAAUUGGGGCUGCUACCAUAAACCUUGUCAGUCCUACCCGGUCAUUGAAUUUCAGGGAUAGAUACAGGGAUGCAGGGUGCAAUCUUAAAACAUCAACAGAGCUAUUGAAAGUUCUGAAUCGUAUUUGGAGCUUGGAAGAACAGCAUGCGGUUGAUGUGUCAGCAGUUAAGGGGUUGAAAUCGGAGUUGCAGAAUACACAGGCACGUGUUCAAGAGCUUACGCAAGAGAGGCAGCGAUAUCACUAUGAAAUUGAGUCUCUGGCCAGGCAAGUCAGUGAAGACAAAAUGGCUCGGAAAAACAAGGAACAAGAGAAGCUUAGAGCAACCCUUCGUUUGCUGCAAGAGGAGCUUGAAGCUGAGAGACAUCUGAGGAAACAUUCUGAGAAUCUCCACAGGAAGCUAGGGAAAGAGUUGUCUGCGAUGAAACCGGCAUUUCUCAAGGCUGUAAAGGACCUGGAAAAAGAGCAGAAAGCAACUCGCCUGUUGGAAGAUCUUUGCGACGAGUUUGCGUUAGGAAUCAGAAACUACGAAGAGGAAGUGAGGGUGUUGAAGCAAAGGCAUGUAAAGGAGUAUGAACACAAGACUGAUAAGCUGGUGGUUCAUAUUUCAGAAGCAUGGCUCGACGAGCGAAUACAGAUGCAAAAUGCUGAUGCCAGGGGAGAUUCAGAAGGGAAAACCUCAAUAACGGAGAGGUUGAGCGGUGAAAUACAGAGUUUCCUUCAUGGUAGAAGAUCAAGCAACUUCUAUGGUGUUAACAAACAUACUGGUAAUGAAAAGGGAGACACAAGCUUGUGUCGACAGUCCCUUGAAUCUCUGCACUUAAAUGGAGCCACUAGUGCCCCUCGGUUAGCUGAAGACGAUGAAAAUUCCGUUGCUAGCGACUUGCAUUGCUUUGAGUUGAACAUGCAUGGAGAUGCUGUGCAGACUCAUGACCUUGCAGGAACUCGACGAACAGUCGCCGACUGCAUGUAUUCACCAAUGAGAAGACUGGAGUUUUCCGAUGGUGUGUCUGUUGAAGGCUCGAGGAUCUCAACCGCAAGGCCUCGUUCAGAAAAAGGCAAGGUGAAGCCAGGCAGCAGCAAAGCACAGCUGCAUACUUCGGCACCAGAAAUCAGCUCCCGCAACUGUGACAGGAUCGAUCCUAUAGAUGUGCAGAAUGAAACAGUCAUGACCCAAGUAUCUCGACGGUUGCAUGAUGACCUGCUGAAGAUCAAAUCAGAGGCUCCUCAGCAUGCAUUUCUAGAGCGAAAACCGCACGAUCAUCAUCCCCGGACGUAUCAGUUUCGUGAAUGUGCUUCUUCAAGCGAUCUACUCCACAAUCUGCACAGUCCAGCCCGGCAGCUGAAGAAUCAUCAACGCGCGUCGUUGGACUACCAAAUAUCUGAAUGUGCUACUGCAGGUGAUGUACGCGGUCUGCGCAGUCCAUCCUGGCAACUGAAGAACCAACGAGCGUCGUUAGACUACCAGAUAUCUGAAUGUGCUACCACAGGCGAUCUGCACAACCUGUGCAGUCCAUCGCGGCAGCUGAAGAAUCAUCAUCGCCCGUCGCUGGACCAUGAAAUAUCCGAGUCCUCGCCGGCACAGUCUCUCGGCUCAAAAGACAAUACGCUCAAGGCGAAGUUACUGCAAGCGAGGCUAGAGGGGCAGCACGCCCGUAUUUGGGCGUCGGGCUACCCCUUGAUCAGCACAAGGAGAUGA